GAUAUAUAUUAAAUAGUGAGAUAAAUAAAUAGUGAAGCAUUAGAUUAGUUAGUUAGUUUAAAAUUUAAAAUUUAAAUUUAAAUCAGCAUAAUUUUAUCUGAUUAGUUAGAUAUUUAUUUUUAAAUUUAAACCUAUUAUACGAUAUGUUAUAUACGUAUAUACUCUAGAACCCUAGCAGCCAGAUAGUAUCGUAUUCCUUUAUUCUCACCAUCUCUCAAUUUCCUUUUUUUUUAUUUUCUCUAUUGAACCAAAUCAAUUGUUUUAAUCUUAAGAGCUUCGGGGUUAGCAAUCAACCGAUCAUCGUUCCGUGUCUUCGAAAUCUUCAGGUAAAAUUCGUACUUGUUUUUAUUUUCGUUUUCAGAGAAAUAGGCUUUCAUAAAACUAUCAUAUCUCUCUUUCCAUAGGUCCGUUUUCAGUGAUCUAGGUACCGUUUUAAAGAUAAUUUAAUGAUCUAUAUUUUUUAUGAAGAAACUCUUUCCUAAUUCUGAGUAUUUAGAUGUCAAAAAAUUCAUGUUUUACAGACUGUCGAUUUACAGUUUUUUUUAAAAAUUUCUUUCCGAUAUUACCUUAGUAAAAGUGUGAUAUCUCUCUCGAUAUCUAUUAUUUUACAGCGAUUCUUGUACUGUUAGAAAGAUAAUUCAAUAAUUUAUAUUUUCUUUGAAGAAACCUUUCCCUAGUUCGGAGUUCUUACCAGUCAAAAGUUAGGAUCUUUACUCGGUUAUGGUAUUUCGUUUUAAGUUUUGUUUCAGAAAAAGUGUCUUCAGUAAAAAUUCAAUAUCUCUCUCAAUUUUGAUCCAUUUUAAAAGAUCUUUAUCUCUUUUUAAAGCUUAGGAAAAUAGCUACAUUUUUUAUGAAGAAAGUAUUGUCUAGAUCAGGGUGUAACUAUUUUUAAAACAUUUAUUUUUAGGCUGUAUUCAGAAAUCAGCGUGAUCCAGAAUUUUAAAGAAACUGUUUUGAGAAAACAUGCAUAACUCCUAGAUUAUAGCUCCGAUUUUGAUGAUCUUUAUACCGUUAGAAAGGUCUUUCAAUUAACUAAAAACUUUGUGAACAGUAGGACUUCUAAUUCAAACGUUUUAUAUGUCAAAUUCUAGGUUAAACUUGUUGUACAGUAAGAGUAAUAAAUAUAUUGAGUUUAUCGGUGGACUAAGGGUUUCACUAAUUGUUAUAGGGCCUAGAAGGUAUCGUAAGAGUUAAUUACAGCGGAGUUGAGAUAAGUAAGCCUGUAAGCUUUCGGUGACAAGUUGAGUCUGGGCAGCAUGGGGUGUAUCUCGUGUGAUCAUGUAACUGCGUGUGGUCUUGGCCAUCUUCCGCUGAAAGUUCUUUUUUUUAAUUUAUUAAACUUAUCGAGGAUGUUGUCGUUUAAAUUUUCUAUUACUUUUCCCUAAGUGGUAAUACUUUAUUUUCAACUGGGUACCCAUGUUUUGAAAAGUGUUUUUUUUUUUAAAAUAAAGGCAACAUUAGUAUCUUAACGCCAGUUUAUUUAUGGCAUCUUAUUUUACGUAAGUAAGGGCGUUACAAAAUGGUACCAGAGCCACAGUUACAUUGAUCUUAAAUUCACGCGACAUACACACCAUCGCUGCAAAGGAUCAACUUGUCAUCUAGUAUGUAUGCUUUAUAUAUGUUAUGUCUUAUAUGUUAAAUUUAGUUUAGUCUUUAUCUUUUGAUUUUCCUUUAGUUAGCUAGAAGUUUAGGGUAUGGUUAAUCGAAACAAUUAACUGAUUCUUCGGAGUUAGAAUUUUAGUAUAACUCAAACAAUUUUCUUAUUAGUGUAAUUUUUUUUUUAUGAGUGAAGAUUAUUUAUUUAUUUAUUUAUUUAUUUUACAUGGUGAAUUGUUGCUUCAUGAUUUACGUUUUUUUUAGUUUAUAUAAUUUAGUGUAUAGAUAUUUCCUUUUUGAGCGAGAUACAUCUUUGGUUAUUUUUCUUAUCGAUACCAUCUCCUUUCUUUUGAAGAACAAGUUAAGGGAUUUGAUGGAAAACGGUGAACCCAGAAGAUCAACCCGCUUGAAUGAAAGAGCGGCUGUAAGAGACCGAGCUAGAGGUCGAGGGCGAGGAUGUGCUCGCGGUCGAGGCAGGGGAAACCAGCAUGUCCCUGCCGAGGCGGUGAUCCAGGAGAAUCAAAACGCCCCUGUAGUGGUGCCACCACAACAAGAAGAUUUGGCGCAAGAAGUUGCUCGUCUCAAGGAAGAAAUUAGGAAGCGAGAUGAAGAGGCUCACAACCGUCAGGAACAACCCAAUCAAGGACAACAUCAAUUUUUGCCGGUGCAAUACAUGCCUGUGCCGGAGGGUCGAUGGGAACCAAUAUAUGAAAGGUUCCGCAAGCAACACCCACCAAAUUUUGAAGGGGGCUCAGAUCCAAUGGAAGCUGAGGAAUGGUUAAGAACAGUGGAAGGUAUUGUUGAGUACAUGCGGCUCGGUAACGGAGAUAGUGUAGCUUGUGCUGCUAGUUUAUUGAAAAAGGAUGCCCGCAUCUGGUGGGAUGUUAUUAAACAAACACGGGAUGUGGCCGCAAUGACCUGGGCUGACUUUGUACAAGUUUUUAACAAAAAAUACUACAGUGAAGCAAUACGCUCAGCUAGAGUUAAUGAGUUCACAAACCUGAGGCAGGGUAAGUCUACAGUUACAGAGUAUGCUCGCCAAUUUGACAGAUUAGCAAAGUUUGCCACAGAUCUGGUUCCUACUGAGUUUCUGAGGAUUCAUCGUUUUACUGAAGGGCUCGACUCCCGAAUAAGUCGGGACAUAGCGAUGUCAGGAGUAAGGGCAACCACGUAUGCUGAGGUACUAGAAAAAGCCCUAGAAGCUGAGUUGUGUGAAAGUCGUAUACAGAAAGACAAUACAGCAAGGUGGGAGGCCAGAAAGGCCAGUAAUGGAGGUGGUGAUAACAAAAGAAAACUGCCAAGUAACCAACAGAACGAAGCCGACAAGAGAAACAAGAUAGGGUCCAAUAACUACAAAGGGAAGAAGCCAUAUGUGGAGUACCCCCUAUGCCCAACAUGUGGUCGUAAGCAUCCGGGAGAAUGUCGACUGAAAGGCAAGACUUGUUACAAGUGUGGGCAACCAGGCCACUAUAAGAAGGACUGUCCGCAAAAGGGUGAUCAACUCAAGGAUGACAAACUUGUCCCAGCUCGAGUAUUUGCACUAACCAGAGGGGAGGCUGAGACUAGUAACACUGUGGUUGCAGAUAAGUAAGCCUGUAAGCUUUCGGUGACAAGUUGAGUCUGGGCAGCAUGGGGUGUAUCUCGUGUGAUCAUGUAACUGCGUGUGGUCUUGGCCAUCUUCCGCUGAAAGUUCUUUUUUUUAAUUUAUUAAACUUAUCGAGGAUGUUGUCGUUUAAAUUUUCUAUUACUUUUCCCUAAGUGGUAAUACUUUAUUUUCAACUGGGUACCCAUGUUUUGAAAAGUGUUUUUUUUUUUAAAAUAAAGGCAACAUUAGUAUCUUAACGCCAGUUUAUUUAUGGCAUCUUAUUUUACGUAAGUAAGGGCGUUACAUUGUUUUUGACAGAGGGGCUGCUGGUGUGAGAAAGACUUGGCUGCUGCAAUGAUUUGAAAUUGAUUUUGGAGGAGGGGGCUGAGUGUACAGGUCCAAGAUGAGUCUUAUCAAAAGUAUAUAGGCCAUUCUUGUGGAUUCCCAUCAGCAAGAUAGUAUUGCUCACUUUGUCCUUAACAUAGCAAAAAUCAUCAUGAAAUUCAAAAAACACAUUAUUGUCUUUAGCAAACUUAGAAAC